AUGUCUAUAUUGAUCACCGGCGCCGGCGGCUAUGUUGGCCAAGAACUGGCCGCUGCCUUUCUUGCCAGUACACCCGCUACUACCACAGUCACAAUCACCGAUGUUGUUGAACCAGCAGUUCCCAAGUCAGCCACCGAGCAUGCCAGCCGUCUAUCCUGCGUUCGCGCAGACCUCACCUCACCCAAAGAGGUAGACGAAUUGAUCAGCGCCUCCCAACCAUUCGAGACCAUAUACCUCCUCCAUGGAAUCAUGUCCAGCGGCGCCGAAGCCGAUUUCGAGUUAGGAACCCGAGUAAACCUCGAUUCAACACGAUACAUCCUAGACCGACUCCGCAUCACCAUGCCUGGCGUGAAGGUUGUCUUCACUUCCUCGUUGGCAGUUUACGGCCUCGCACCACCGGGCCUCCUCCCAGACGAAUUUAACUUCCCGCCUGUACCCUCAACCUCCUACGGAUCACAGAAACUCAUCAUCGAGACUUUGGUAACCGACUACUCCCGCCGCGGAUUCCUAGAUGGUCGCUCUGUGAGACUUCCAACCGUGACCGUCCGUGCAGGGGCACCAACACAAGCCGCAAGCAGUUUUGCCAGUGAUAUCAUUCGUGAACCGUUCCAUGGCAAGAAGGCUAUUCUUCCUGUGAGCAGAGAUGUUGAGAUGUGGAUCUGCUCGCCGCAUACUAUUGUCAAGAACUUGAUGCAUGCGCGCGAUGUUCCCGCCGAGGCAUUCGGUACUUCGCGGUCGGUCAAUCUUCCUGGGUUGAAGGUUAGUGUGCAAGAUAUGUUAGAUGCUUUGGAGGCUGUUGGUGGUAAGGAGCGACUGGCAUUGGUGGAGGAGAAGUAUGAUGCUGCCGUGGACAAGAUUGUGCAGACAUGGACUCCUCAAUUCUCCAAUGAGAGAGCGUUUAAACUUGGAUUUUCGCCGGAUAUUUCCAUGAAGGAGAAUGUUAAGCACUUUGCCAGUGCAUUUGUAUGA